GAGGAACCUGAGGAACUCUCCGAUAGUGACUUUGAAAGUCCUGUGGGCUGGAGAAGGAGCGUUCAUACAGUGUCACCUUCCACAAGUGAAAGUGAGCUCAUCAGUCAAGGGAGUGAAAAUGACAGACUGCAAGAAAGUCCAUCGCGUCAAAGAAGAAUGCGGAGUACAGUGCCUUCAUCACCGAGGGAAAGUGAGGACAGAUGUCAGGAGACAGAGAGCAGCACUCAAGAGAGUGAAAGUCAGGGCCAGGCAGGGGACCCGAGACAAGUGUUUCCUUAUAAUGUGGCAGAAUUUGUCCCUGUUUAUCUGGAAGAAGAUGAGGCUCUUGAAGAGGCAAUUCAGCGUAGUCUACUGGAAGAUUGUGAUGGACUUGCUGUUAAUACUUUAAAGUCAUCUGAAAUGCUGAGCAAAGAAGAAAUUGCAGGCCUUCUACAAGCUCACAGUGAGAGAGUUAUGACAUUGGGAACAAGACAGAUCUAUAUCAGUCGAGCCAAUGUUUGGACCACAGCCUUACGUGUGUUUAAGAGACCCAGUUUUGCAGAAAGCUGUGACAUUUGCAAGCGAUGAACAUGAUGCUGUGAAAGAUGCUGCUGACCUUGGGGGUCCCAGACGAGAGUUUUUCCGCUUACUGGUGAAGGCUAUCUUCCAGGACAGUGGAGCUUUUGAAGGCAUACCAAAUGGAUGCACACCAAGACUGAACAUGCUCCACUUGCAAAAUGGAGUGUAUCGAACCAUUGGCAGGAUGAUGUCUACAAUAAUAGUGCAAGGGGGUGAACCACCUGCAUUCCUGUCCCCGAGUGUAGUGGACUACAUUGUGUCUGGGGACAUCCUUCAAGCUCAUGUGACACCUGAUGAUAUAUUUGACCCUGAUUUAAGGGAGAACCUCAAUAAGGUUCAACAUGCAACCUUGCAGGCUGAUUUGGAGAAAGCAGUCAGCUGCUGUGACUCAUGGCGAUAUCAAGUAGAGGGGCUUCCACUCACAGUCACCAUGGCCAACAGAGAUGCGUUUGUGAAAAAUGCAGUUCUAUACCAUACUGUUCUGCAACGGCAGAGCUGUCUUGAUCAACUCAUUGAUGGCUUGUCCCACUAUGGAGUUUUAGCCCUCCUGAGAGAGAACCCCAGCUUGCGUGUGCUACUUGACAUACCAGGAGAGGACAAAGGUCAAGAAGCUGAUUUUGUAGCUGGUAUUCUCAAGCCAAGCUACUCCGUACUGGGGAGCAACAGAAGAGCUAAGGAGGAGUUGAUGGUGGUCAAAUUUAGGGAGUUUCUCCAAUGUGUUGAAAAUAAAGAGCUGAGAGACACAUAUGGGGACAGGACUCUAACCUACGAUGAGGAGGCAUUCCUGAAGACUUUAAGCCCUGGUCACAUCCUGGCGUUUGCUACAGGGAGCAGCAAAGUCCCAGCCAUUGGUUUUCAUCCAACUCCUAAAUUAAUAUUUAUCCAUGAUGAAAAAAAACAUCUUCCCAUUGCGCACACUUGUGCAAAUGAGCUUCUCCUUUUUGUGAACACAACAACAAUGGCUGAUAAUGAUGAAUUUAACUACUGCUUCCUAGUAGCACUAAUGAAUGGAUCUUUAUUCAGCACCAUUUAAACAACGAGACGUUUAACAGCUACCAUUAAAAGUACAAGGCUUAUUUUUUGCAAGCACAACUGGAGCAUAAGUGUACUGUCCUAGUUUUGAUUUUUACUGUAAAUCUACUACUAAUUUACUGAAAUCAGUUAAUUUGUAAAAGAACCGCUGCAGUGUAAUACACCACUGUUUAGUGCAGGACUCCCCAUGUUCGUCAAACCAGGCUGCUGUGGUGUUCUGUGUAACCUCUGCCCCCCUCAUGGUAACAACCCUAAAACUUUACACUACAGCCCAGUGGUUGAUUGUCCAUGUGUAAGUGUAUUUCAUAGAGGACAUAGUUUGUCCAUAUUAUAAAGCCAGUGGUUUCAAUUGCAGUACAUAAGAAAGCUGAAAAAUAAAUACUUUAGCUUGUGUUUUCCAUCUUGCUCCACAUUCUUUGCCCUGUUUUUUUUUAUCUUGUCAAAUUUUCUGUUAAGAGCUCCUUUGCAAUAAAAAUGCAACAUUGUGAUAUACACAUUAUGUAAACACAUCUAUCACUUCCUGAUUUCUGUAAAUCAACAGCCAGCCAUAUGAAAUCAGUAUAGCCUAAUGAAAAAUAAUACAAAAAAAUGUAGUAGCUGUACUUGAACAAGAGUGUGCAACCGUAGCCCCUUUGAGUUCAUUAUAGUUUAAGGACUAAGGUUUGGCUGUACGUAUUAGUAUGAAAGGAUUGAUAGAGCUAUCGGCUCUAGUUUCCAUGUGGUUUCUGAUUGUAUAUACUCUAUUCCUGUUUGUGGAUGUUUAUUACAAAAAGUGUUUACCUCUGAAGACUGUA